UAUAUAUGUAGGUCAUGGCUCCUCGGGUCAAGGGUAAAGGUGUCAAGGGUCAUAGAAGUUCUCGCACCACUGCCGCAGCCGCUAUUUCAACCACCUCCACCUCUUCUGGGACUUCGGUUGUGCCAGAUUUUCAGUCAGGAUCACUUAGCCAGCAACUGUAUUUGAUGGUACCUAAUCCAGGCUACACGGGUCUUCUUCCACCAAGUUGGCCUACUCCAGGAUGUAUGGGUCCCCCUCCUCCACCCCCUCCUCCAAUUUCGAUUCCUCCUCCGCUUCGCAAUUCCAAUCUAUUAGUUGAUUCAGUGACACCUAGAAGCUCUAGUACAUCUCCUCCAUCAGAGACUGCAUCGGUUCCUAAUAGUGUCACAAAAGAAAGAUUGGUUCCCGAUGGAAAAACAAGUUGGUUACCUUUCCUUCCUGGUUCUCAGAAGAUUACAGAGAUCAUCAAGAAACGAUAUGAUAAACCGUACAAAAAGUUUGGAGAUGUCCCUCUUCCGACAAAGAAGCUUUGGUUUAAGGAGUGGAAGAGCCACUUUCUUAUUGAUGAUGAUGAUGAUGAGUUUUUCUAGAGGGCUUUCAAGUAUAGGACAAGUAAGUGAUUUAGCCAAAUGAUGUCAGAUAUCCGUGAGGGUGUGGAUACAACCCACGAAUGGCUAAUUCCUGCUUACAAAAAGGUAUUGGAAAGGUAUUGGGAAACAGAUGAGAAAUGGAAAAAUAUAAGGAAAAAAGCAAGAGAGAAUCGAGCGUCACUCUUAGGUGGUUCUGUCCAUUGCGGUGGUUCUAUUCCAUUGAGCUCAACUAUAGAGAGGAUGAAGAAGCAGUUGGGCCGUACACCAACCCACGAGGAGGUCUUCAAAGAAACCCACACACUUAAAAGUGACAAGUCUAAAUGGGUGGACAAGCGCUCUCAAGACACUCAUGUGAGAUAUAG